AAGAGGCAUGCCGCAAGGUGGCAAGUGGCAAGUGUGUUCUUUCUUGUGGGUUGUGGCAAACGAUGCAGCCGACGCGUCAAUCCUUUAUAGUUUAUAGCCUGAUAAGGUACAGCACUUGCGAUAACGUGCUAUUGUAAGUUGAUUAAUAAAGAAUAUGAGAAAAUAGUUGGACUAUUAGUGACCUUGAUCAUUCAUUUCUUGCUGUGUAAUAUUGAAUGACUUCAAUUGGUUUUCAUCCUCUACUUCUCGGAAAAUAGAACUCAACAUUCAGAAAAUGUUUACCAAGUUUCCUCCUUCUCUUUCAAAAAUAUGCAUUCGUACUGGAAAUGUUUUGAACAAUAAUAACUUUAAACAAAAAGCUGUUCAAAAUCCAACAGAGGAGUUGGUGGAGAGUGUGCGUGUUGUGCUAGACAGAUGGGCGACGCAGGGGGGUGCCGAGGUUGGGGGUGACCAGGUGGAGGUGCACGUGAAGGAUGAGAGUGAUGUGCCAACCGAGGACGAUGUCAGCGAACUCAGGUACAGUGGCAAAGUGUACGUCACUGACGGUGGUCCACUGGCACUCACCGAAGCCAUUCAUAAGUUACUGGAAGUUGUGAAUGGUUGUCAUGUGGACUCGCUAGUGCUGUCCUACGAUGGUGAAGACUUUGCUAAAUUAAUGGAGCUGUGGUCGGUGCUUGAGGAUCACGUGACGGCCAAUAAGAUCGCUCAGAUUGGGGUGGCUGACGUUGAAACAGACACAUUCGUCAAACUCUAUGAAAUGAGCAAGAUUAAACCAGCUAUAGUUCAAAUCAGCCUGGCAACAUGCUGUGUUGUACCACCUCAACUACAGGAAUUUACAAAUAAAAACGACGUACAAUUGCUAACGCACAACGACCCUAAACACGUGCUGCCCAGUGAAGCGAUGGCGACUCUGCUUGGUGCCGAGGAAGCGCGCAGCUUCAAGCUGUUGUGGAUGUCGCGUCUACUGGUGCACAUCAAGUGUCGCGGCGUGCUUGCAUCCAAGAGCCAUCUCAUCUGCAUCCAGCGUACACCACCCACGUGAGCCUCAUAUCAGCAAACCAUCUCUCCACAACUAUUUUCCUAUCGCAGUUCGGGCCGUUUUAUGAACGAUGCCGAAAACUACACUUCACACGACUUGUCCAAAGUCAUUACACACACAUCGAUUUUAGGGUGUUCGAUUUUUUGCCGUCCUUAUGAAAUCUACCAGAUUAAACGGAACUAGGCCAAUUUAUGAACACAUCAGUUUGCCCAGUUAUUUUUAAUCCAAUAUAGUUUAUAAGGACGAGAAACAAUAGUCCUUAGAACUAUGAAACAAUCGUCUUAGAACUGUACAACACAUCAUCUGUAUGCCAAGUUAUGUUUAAUCCAAUAUAAUUGUAAGGACGGCAAAAAAUUGUACGUCCAAAAAUCGAUGUGUGUGUCUAACAACCUCGUACUAGAAUCGUUGUUUCCUAGGGAACGAAAUUGAGCUAACUCUUGGUCUAUGGUGAGAUUCAUGUUAUAAAAUCAGCACCUGAUUAACCUUGGUGUUGCUAUCCUUGUCUGUCAUUAGACAAAGCAGAUAUCUUAACAAAAUUAGACAGAUUUGCCUAGGUAAAGCAUUUAUAUCCUCUUUCAACUCCGCAAUGUUGCCAAAUUGCUUUUACGCUAUGAAGAAAUAUAUAUAUAUAACAAAAUAUUCAAUCUCAGGAGAAUGUAUUAUCCAAACAUGAAUAAAUGAUUUACGAAUAAAAUAUAAUUAUUGAUCAUGAUUAACAAUUGAUAUCAUAUCAGAAAUAUCGGGAUAACUUGAAUCAUGCUAUCUACUCUAGAAAUACGAGACUUGAAAAUCCUGUCAUCCUAUCUUUUUCACUAGCUUUAUAUCGUGAAUCUCAAUCACUAUAGCGUCAUUUAUGACUUGGGACAAAUGAUAAUCCAAUGAAUGAUGCUUGGACCAAAACUUAACUAGGUUGUCUAGAAUCGUGUUGCUUUGCUGGACAACUAAAUUUAGGGUAAGCUCAAUUUUAUCUGGCAUUGUUCGUAAAUGUGGCCCUGGCUGCUGUCAAUAGAGUCCUACCGACAUGGAAUAUGAACUUGCUAUAUCAUAGACUAUAGAUAUCGAUCAUUAUGGCUAUUUUGAAUUAGAGUGUAAUGCGGUACUGUUGUUUCUAACUUUAGGGCACAAAUAAAACUGUACAGAUUUCUUUGUUAGCUUUCUGCUAAAUCUUAUGUUAUUUCUAUUUCCACUUGAUACUUUUAUUAAUGAUUUCAGCACAUGAGUUGAAUCAAAUAGUGGUAUUUCAUAGAUUAGAUUGAAUGAUUAAAUUGAAACACGAAAUAUUCUACUUUUAAAGUGCAUAGGGUUUAGUUGAUAAGGAAAAGCAUGAGAAAAACCGUUGGCUUUAAUUUAUCAUGUUAUAAACAUUUCAAGUUUAAAAGCAAAAUGAUUUAGAAUAAUAUUAUUAUGGAGUAGAAAUAUUAUUAUAAAUGUAUCUUGAAAUUUUUCAUCUCAAGAGACAAAAAGUCUAUUUAGAAUAUUCAAUCAUAUCGUCGUGUACGAGAAAAAUUUGGUUUUAAUUUUUUUAAUAGUUUCUUUCUAUGUGAAAUUGUUUCUUCUAUUAGAAAUGUUUCUUUCCAUUAAUGAUCCCAGUCCCAGUAAAAUUAUCAUUGAUCUUUGAUUAGUUUUCAUUUUUCUCUCAUCUGAUAAAUAGCUUUUUAUUUAUAUUUCCAUUACAAAGCAUUUCCGAUGUGGGAAACAUCCAACCUUAAGAUUCCUAUUUUUUCACGAGAAUCAAUUCUGCCACUGCCGGCUAUUCUACUGGUAAAAUGUCGAACUAGAUUAGUGUAUGAAAUAUGCAUGAAAAUAUUUCAAAAGCCAAUCAGUCAUUUCUCUGAUAAGUUUUUUGCAAAUGUUGCAGACCAUGCAUUGUUUGAUCAAUAAAAAUAAUUCUCUUACAUUCCCUGUUCAACUAAAUUAUCCCAGUGCAUAUUUACUUGACGGUUUCAUGGGAAAUACUGUAGUAAAGUGAUGAAGAUCGAAUAUAAUAUUUUUAUGAAAAAUAUAUUGGAUUGAUUAUUCACAAAUUAUUUAAAAAAAUGUUUUUUAUGAAUGUAGUUUUGAAUUUUUAUUUUUAUGCUCUGAUCAUUCUUGAACUUCAAAUUUGAUCAUCAUCAUUGUUUAUUUAUUUGAUAAUUAAUUUUAAAACUAUCUAUUACCUCAAUUAUCUGAUCGAUAGAAAAUGUUAAUUCAACUGAAUAGCUUUUUAAUUCAUCACAAUCACUUUACAAAUUAUUAUCAAUAGUUUUUAUGUAACAUGCAAUACAUCAAGUCAUUCAUAAUUUAACCUUGAAUAUUUUGAGUGAAAUAAUAUUGUCAAAAGCAAAACUAUUCUAAUCAAUACUUUACUUAUUAUGUAAGGUAGCCUAUUUGUUACUUAUAGGCUUCCCGCAACGCCUAGCUAUCCAGUAAAAUGACAGACAGUUCAUUAAUGUCUUCAUUGUUAUUACUUAUCAGACUGGUUUGAUGUUAUCUAAUAUUGAAAAAAGUUACAUAUUUCUGAUAUAUUGUGUUAUCUGUUAAAUUUUAUCCACACUUUUGAAAUAUUCUGUGAUAAUAUUUAGUACCAUUUUUAACAGAUUUCUAUGUUGUUAUAUUAAUGUUAAAAGAAACUACAUCAUGUCAACAAGCUGCUUUCUUUUAUUCCAUUAAGAAAUAAUUUAAGAUUGAUUUCAAAAAUCAUAUUUUUUACAAAAUGAAUCAUGCUCACUAAAUGAAAUUUUCACUGUAUGUGUGUGUGUUUAUUCUAUUUGAAUGUUGUGUCAAUUAAAUUGUUUACAAAAAUA